AAGCCCAGACACAGAUGAUGAUACUGCGUAGGGGUGUGGAAGGGGCCUCAAGUGACAAUGGUUGUGAAGUUAAAACUAGAAAGUCAAUACUGUCAAGGCACCUAAACACUCAGGUAAAGAAGACCUCUACUAAAUGGUGUCAUAUUGUGCGAGAUUCAGAUAGUCUGGCUGAAUCAGAGUUUGAAUGUGCAGCCUUUGGUCAGAGCUCUAGGUCUGGUGUGAGUGGCCACUCUCGAAGCCUCAACAUGUCUAGAAGAAACUCAGAAAGCAGCCGUCACAACUCAGAGACCAAGGAUAUGUUAUGGGACGACCUGCUGCAUGGCCCAGAGUGCCGGUCAUCUGUCAGCAGUGAUAGUGAGGGGGCGCAUGUGAAUACCCUCCACUCAGGAACCAAACGUGACCCCAAAGAGGAUGUUUUUCAGCAGAACCAUUUAUUCUGGCUUCAGAACUUAAGUCCUGCCUCUGAUCGAGUUAGUGCAAUAAUCUGGGAAGAGAGUGAGUGCAAAAAGAUGGAUAUGUCUGUGUUGGAAAUAAGUGGCAUCAUCAUGAGCAGGGUAAAUGCAUAUCAGCAAGGAGUAGGUUAUCAGAUGCUUGGAAAUGUCGUCACCAUUGGAUUAGCAUUUCUUCCUUUAUUACAUCGACUUUUCCGAGAGAAGAGCCUUGACCAGCUAAAGUCCAUUCCAGCUGAGGAGAUCUUGACUCUCUUUUGUGGGGCACCACCUGUUACACCUAUUAUCAUUUUGUCUCUAAUUAAUUUUUUUGAAAGAUUGUGUCUUACUUGGAUUUUUUUCAUGAUGUGUGUGGCAGAGAGAACAUAUAAACAGAGAUUUUUAUUUGCAAAACUCUUCAGCCAUAUUACUUCUGCCAGGAAAGCUAGGAAGUAUGAAAUACCUCAUUUCAGACUUAAAAAAGUAGAUAACAUUAAGAUAUGGUUAUCACUGCAUUCCUUUCUUAAGAGACAGGGUCCCCAGCAUUCAGUUGAUGUCGUUGUAUCUUCAGUCUUCUUACUGACACUUUUGAUUGCUUUCAUUUGUUGUGCCCAGGUUCUCCAAGGACAUAAAACUUUCCUGAAUGAUGCUUAUAAUUGGGAGUUUUUGAUCUGGGAAACAGCUUUACUACUUUUCUUACUGCGCCUGGCCUCAUUGGGGUCUGAAACCAGUAAGAAAUACAGCAAUGUUUCAAUAUUACUUACUGAACAGAUUAAUUUAUAUCUUAAGAUGGAAAAAAAGCCAAAUAAGAAAGAACAGCUUACUCUGGUAAAUAAUGUCUUAAAACUGUCUACCAAGUUGUUGAAAGAGCUGGACACACCAUUUAGACUCUAUGGACUGACAAUGAAUCCCUUAAUCUACAAUAUCACACGAGUAGUUAUACUUUCUGCUGUCUCAGGUGUUAUAAGUGAUCUUCUAGGAUUUAAUAUAAGACUGUGGAAAAUUAAAUCAUGAGCUGAGUCAUGUGCCUGGAGCCUGUCCCCUUGCUGGCAUCAGUACUGACUGAUUAAGGAGAGAGAUGACUGCAGAAACCAUGAGAUACCCACCUGCCUGUUCACACAUAGAGGUGCCCUCAGCUUGGCCUAACCUAAAGAAUGGUGUUUUCAGAGGGACAAAUCCUUUUCCAACUGGGAGUGCAUGUUAAAAACUUGUAUUUUCAUGGUUUUCAAACAAUACAUGAAUAGUCAGGAGACUAAAGACUGUUAUGGUAACAUAGGGACAGUUUUCUACAUUAGGAAAUUUAUUGUGGGCAUUUCAGUGCUGCAAAAGUUAUGUUUACUGGAAGUAGACUUUUGGGUUACUAUGGUAGAUGCCCGAAGCAUGAAGCAAAUAUCCUUUAUUGGAAAUGCAAAUUCAAUACUUUUCUAUUACAGUCUAUGGAAUUGG